AUGGCUACUAUCCAGUCAGAGACUGACUGCUAUGACAUCAUCGAGGUACUGGGCAAGGGCACAUUUGGGGAGGUGGCCAAAGGCUGGCGGCGGAGCACGGGCGAGAUGGUGGCCAUCAAGAUCCUUAAGAACGACGCCUACCGCAACCGCAUCAUCAAGAAUGAGCUGAAGCUGCUGCGUUGUAUGCGGGGCCUGGACCCCGACGAGGCCCAUGUUAUCCGCUUCCUCGAGUUCUUCCACGACGCCCUCAAGUUCUACCUGGUCUUCGAGCUGCUCGAGCAAAACCUCUUCGAGUUCCAGAAAGAGAAUAACUUCGCGCCCCUCCCUGCCCGCCACAUCCGCACGGUCACGCUGCAGGUGCUCCGAGCGCUGGCCCGGCUGAAGGAAUUGGCCAUCAUCCACGCUGACCUCAAGCCCGAGAACAUCAUGCUGGUGGACCAGACUCGAUGCCCUUUCAGGGUCAAGGUGAUUGACUUCGGCUCUGCCAGCAUUUUCAGUGAAGUCCGCUAUGUGAAGGAGCCCUAUAUCCAGUCACGCUUCUACCGGGCCCCCGAGAUCCUGCUGGGGCUGCCCUUCUGCGAGAAGGUCGACGUGUGGUCACUGGGCUGCGUCAUGGCCGAGUUGCACCUGGGCUGGCCCCUCUACCCGGGUAACAACGAGUAUGACCAAGUGCGUUACAUCUGCGAGACCCAGGGCCUGCCCAAGCCCCACCUGCUGCACGCCGCACGCAAGGCGCACCACUUCUUCAAGCGCAUCUCUCACCCCGAUGCCACCAGCUCCUGGCAGCUCAAGUCCUCAGCCGACUACCUGGCCGAAACCAAGGUGCGCCCACUGGAGCGCCGCAAGUACAUGCUCAAGUCACUGGACCAGAUGGAGACGGUGAACGGCGGUGGUGCGGCCGGCCGGCUGCCCUUCCCGGACCGAGAGGCGCUGGCCGAACUGGCCGACCUCAAGAGCAUGGUGGCCCUGAUAAAGCGCAUGCUGACAUGGGAGUCACACGAGCGCAUCAGUCCCAGUGCUGCUCUGCGCCAUCCCUUCGUGUCCAUGCAGCAGCUGCGCAGCACACACGAGGCCACACGCUACUACCAGCUGUCCCUGCACGGUUGCCGCCUGUCGCUGCAGGUGGAUGGCAAGGUGCCCACACCUGGGGGGGCCCUGGAUGACGGGGCCCCCUACUACCACGGGGCCGACGAGGACCACAACGGGGAGGCGCCAGCCGUGGUGGGCAACAUGCCCUUCUUGCGAGAGGAGAAGGCGCAGGGCAUGCAGCGGGCCAUAGACCAGCUGGAUGACCUGAGCUUGAAGGAAGCAGGCUGCGGGCUGUGGGGGGAGCCCCGCAAUGAGGCGGCUGGCCCCGAUCUGCUGGCCCCUCUCAAGGGUACGGUGGUGGCCGCUGGCCGGCGAGGCCCCGAGGCUGGUGCCGAGCCUAUCCUGGCCUUCUAUGGCAGCCGCUUGGCUGGCCGCCACAAGGCCCGCAAGGCACCCACAGGCUCCAAGUCUGACACCAACUUCAGCAACCUCAUCCACCUGACCCAGGCCACGCCAGAGGAGGACGCGCCUCGCCAGGCCAGUGGCUGGGCCGAAGGGGAGCGGACCGGGGCCUCGGCAGAGCCACCUACUCUCCUGCAGCACGAUGGGGACGGGCCAGACAUCAAGGACAUGAGCGUAGACACUGAGCAGCCGAGCUCUGAGCUCUUUGAUCCAAACAGUUGCCCUGGAGAAUGGCUGAGCAACACGGACUGGACCCUGGAGGGUCUCAGGGGAACCCGGGCUCAGGGGCUGCAGCCCCGCCACGUCCAUCCGCAUGGGCCUUCCCGAACCACAAGCUUUCUGCAGCAUGUCGGCGGGCACCACUGA